AUGCAGGACGCUUGGACGACUCGCCAAGCUGAGGAGAUUCAAGGUUACAUAAAUCGUAACGAAUGGAAGAGUUUCUUCUCCGCGACCAAGGCUGUUUACGGUCCGCCGACCAAAGCAACUGCUCCUCUUCUCAGCUCCGACGGCAGUAUCCUACUAAGCGAGAAGGCUCAAAGCGUCCUCAACCGCCCCUCCACCAUCUCUGACGCCGCCAUCGCUCGUCUGCCUAAAGUGGAGGCCAACGCCGACCUCGACCUCCUGCAUUCUCUCCACGAAACCAUCAGAGCCGUGCAGCAGCUGUCCGGCGAGAAACCGCCCGGAUUGGACGCGAUCCCUGAAGACAUCUACAAGCACGGUGGAUCAUCUGAUGGCGCUCGUCCAGGAGAUGUGGCGUCAAGGAGAGAUUCCGCACGAUUUCAAGGACACCACAAUCGUCCACCUCUAUAA